GAAUGCGGGAAAGCGCAGCAGGACCUAUCCAGAAGGUGCAGCAUCCAGGGCCAACAUCAAAAGACCCAGAAGAGGAGAAAUAAACUUCCUGCCCAAUUAUCCCCAAGCAGAAACUAAGGAUACAUUGGAGAACCAGAGGCUUGAGAUGGUGGAGGAAGUUCAAGAAGACAGUGAUUGAUAGAGACAUGAUUAUGAUCCAUCAACAUAUGCAGCGCACCUUUGCACUCCGGCGUGAAGAAAUUGUAAAUUCAGCUCCUCCCAUUGCUGAACUGAAAGACAGAUGGCCUGCACUCUUAUGUGAAGCCCAACUCUACAGUGAAUUCCACAGGAUCACCAAUCAAAAUCUACCGUAUUCCUUCUUUGUUGCACUUGACAAGUACAGACCUCAGCUGUUGAAGCUCUACAAAAAGAGGAAGACUGGAAGUUUUGGCGAGAAGAUGGAAGAAGUUUUGAUGGCAUAUGAGGAACAGGACAAGAGCAACAUCACUGCAGCUCGAACAGCAGCCUUGGCCGGCCUACCGCUGUACUUAAAGGAGGAUUCAUCCGAGGUCUUCAAAACCUGCAAGGAUGAGUUGGAGGCAAUCCAGGAUGGAGCAGUGGCUCUGGUGGCAGUGGUGAAUGAAGAGGAGGUGCCUGCUGGAGUUCCCUUUGAAACUCACCAUGUUUCGAUUGUCCUUGAGGAUCAGGUUGUAAUGUCUCACAGAUCUUGGACUGAUUCACUGGUGAUUUUGUUUGGACUGAUCUAUGCCCUUCAUUUGAGCUAUCCUGAGAAGCUAAGUGGCUUCUUUGAGUUCAUCCAGGUUGUCCUCCUAAACCUUGAUGAUGGAAGAAAGCAGCUCAAACCUAAGUUACAAGCCUUGAGAAAUGAGUUAGACUAAAGGUGUUAACAUGUUCUUUUGUUGAAGGUCAGAAAUGUUCUAAAAAUUAUCUUUUGGCUUGCAUACCAAAACGGUUUGUUUAGAUUUAUGUGUUGAAACAGAUACUUGUCUACACAAUUGAAGCAAGGUUGGUUGGCUUUCUCUUUAAGCUG